AUGCGCAAGCGGCGCCCUUUCAGCUCAUUGGUGAGCACCUUGGAAUUGGCAGCGGCACGAGCCACACAUCCGUUCACACAUCGGGAGAAGGACGCAAGCGAAAGCGAAAGCGACAGCGACAGAGAUACCACGUUGGAGGAUUCAGACUGCGAUCUGGAAAAGGAAAACUACCCGAUGGAUAAGUACCCCCUCGAUUGCUACGCGAAUAAAAAGUUGACGGAGCGUUCCUAUGAGGAGAAUCUUUACAGCCAACGACACUAUGAGGAAAGCGAGUAUUCGGGAAAUACCUAUGCUAGCCAUCACUACGAGGACAAACUGCACGACCUGAGCUUUGUGCCGUUGGAGGAUCUCAGUCAGGGCGAGCCGCCCACAGGCCACCUCCGGCACACGCCCAUCCGCACGUUCCAAGCGGCGCAGGAGCUGCUCCCGCGCAUCGACGCCGAAGAAAUGGCGCGCAUACUUUCGGGCGCGCGCGCCGGCUUGUUCGACGAGUACAUUGUGGUGGACUGCCGGUUCCGUUACGAAUACCAAGGCGGACACAUUGAUGGUGCCAUGCACGCACCGCUGCAGAGCGAAUUGCAGCACAUGUUCUUUGGCCGCCCUGUUCUGCGCCGCACACGCCUUCUCAUAUUCCACUGCGAGUACUCGGUGUUCAGGGCGCCCACAAUGGCCAGCCACUUGCGAAAGUUGGACCGCGCCCACAAUGCCCACCGCUACCCGUACCUCCACUAUCCAGACAUUGUAGUCUUGGAUGGCGGAUACCGGCGGUUUUUCGAGACCCACCGCAGUCUCUGCCAACCGCAGGGAUACGUGGAAAUGCGUGACAUCAAGCACCGCGCCACAUGCGAGACCCAGAUGCACCGGGUACUUCAGGCGGCCAAGCUCACGCGCGCGCGCCUGUUCCACCACCCUCCACGACGCUGUUCCCUGCAUGCGCGCCUGGCGUCAUGCAGUGCUUUUGACCCACCUUCGCCUCUUGCGCGCAAACGUUCGACCAAACUACGCCGCGCCGAUCUGUUGGCGCCGCCCGCCGCAUUGUUCCACCGCGCGCUGCUGCUGCUGGCGCUGCUUGCACUGCUGCUGCUGCUGCUCUGCUCCGAACCUUCGUCAUUCGCGUUUCUGUCGAGCGACCUGCUCAUCGAGUCAGUGGCUACGCCGACCGGAGACACAGAUCUAUUUGAUGGGAAAUCAGAUUUGGAACGAAGUUUCACAUUCCCCAGCAGGCCGCGGCUUGCCUUAGGCGGGCUAAGUGCGUUUUCAUCGCCCCCCGUGAGCUCGCCGCUUACAGGCGCGCCUGACGAUAUUAGCGAUGCACCGCUCGAAUUGCGCGAUGUGCGCACUCGCGACCGCCGCGCUUAUUCGUCUUUAGGCGCACUGCCUUUUGCGACCUUCAUUGACGAAGUUGACGAAGAGGGCGACUAG